GCCCAUUGGCUGAUCAUGGGUCAGGUGACCAGAGUCGGGGUAGGGAGCAACAGCAGGAAGGGGUACAUGCUCCAGAUAAAGCAGCUCCGCCGGGACCACAGAACCUCAGACAGAACCGCUCAAGUCGAGGGAGCAGGACCAAUUUCGACGCUGGGUUCGGAGUGGCUUAGAGCGGCCUACGGACCUGCGGAAGGUCGGAGCAGCUGGAGCAGUGGUCUAAGUGGGUCUGAGCGGGUCUUAGUGGGGAUUUUUGAUGAAACUGAUCCAAACUUCUCACUGAUUCUCCAUGAACUUCUCAGACCGUCUUCCGACCUUCUCCAUCCUCAGUGCAUCAUGGGAUCUGUAGUCCUCUCGGUUCUUCUUCACUGUCUCCUGACAUCUUCGGUGUGUGUUGGUGUGGGUGUGGCCAGCCCAGGUGGCGCUGUGAUGUGCCCGCUGCAGUGUGUGUGUGAGACUCGACCCUGGUACACCUCACAGUCCGUCUACCACCAGGCCCGGACGGUGGACUGCAAUGAGCUCCACCUGCACAGAGUUCCAACCAACAUCUCUGCAGACACUCAGGUGCUGCUGCUGCAGAGCAACAACAUCUCCAUUAUCACCACUGAGCUGCAGAGCAUAAGAAACAUGACAGAACUGGACCUAUCCCAGAACCGCUUCACUCAGGUGAGCUCCAUGGGCCUCUCCUCUCUGGUUCACCUGGUCACUUUGUACAUUGAGGAGAACCACAUUGAAGAGUUGGAGGACUUUGGUCUGAGGAACCUCUCCAGCCUGGAGGAGCUCUACAUCAACCACAACCACAUCUCCUCCAUCGGACCCAAAGCCUUUGCUGGUCUCACCAGCCUGCUUCGGCUACAUCUGAACUCAAACCGGCUGGCGGCUAUCGACAGCCGUUGGUUCGAGUCCCUGCCAUCAUUGGAGAUCCUAAUGAUCGGGGAGAACCCCAUCCUGGGUCUGGAGGAAAAGAACUUUCUGCCUCUGUCUCGCCUCCACAGCCUGGUUCUGGCCAGAAUGGGACUGGUUUCUGUCCCGUCGGCUGCCUUUGUCGGCCUCGACUACCUGGAGAGCCUCUCUUUCUUUGACAACAAGCUCCGGUCCGUACCUCGGGAUGCUCUCAGUGUGCUUCCAAACCUAAAGUUCCUGGACCUGAACAGAAACCCAAUCAGCCGGAUCCAACAAGGGGAUUUUCAAAGCCUUCAGCACUUGGAGGAGCUCAGUCUAAACAACAUGGAGGAUCUGCUGAUGGUGGAGCGAGCAGCUUUCCAGAACCUGCCAGAGAUCACCAAACUGGAGCUGUGUAACAAUCCUCGGCUGUCCUACAUUGACCCGCAGGCCUUCAGAGACUUGCCGUCCCUCCGGACUCUCCUUCUUCUUAACAACAAGCUGAGCCUUCUCUCUGGGGACCUCCUCUCCACCCUGCCGUCCCUGGAGGAGCUGUCCCUGCACUCCAACCCUCUGCGGUGUGACUGUCUCCCCUCUUGGGGGCCUCACCUCGGAAACCAGUCGCACCUCAAGCUGCUGGAGUCUUCCAUAACCGUCUGCUCCUCCCCGCCGCACCUGAUUGGCCGGGAGCUGCAGGAGGUGGUGGCAUUUGGAUGGGGUGGGGGCGGAGCCAACAGCUGCCUACCUCACAUCUCUCCUGACGCCUUUCCUCCAAUCAUGAAUGUCAGCGCAGGACAACCCAUCACGUUGGAGUGCUGGGCGGAUGCAGACCCCGCCCCCCAGUUCUACUGGGUGACACCGACCGGAGACAAGGUGAGCUCUGAGCUGGUGGCUGCACCAAUCAAAUCAGAGCAAGGGCGUGGCCUGAGCAGGAAGAAGAAGCAUCAUCAUCACAUGUCUGAACCCGGAGCCUUGGUGAUAGAACAAGCUGAGCCUUCAGAUGCAGGUGUGUACACCUGUGUGGCCUGGAACGUUGAGGGUGCAGACACCAAGAGCAUCUCAGUGUCUGUGGACUCUCAGGGGUCCGGACAAGGGAGCCCCUGGGGCGUCCAGCCCGGCAAACGCAGGCUGUGGUAUGGGAAUUCCUCUAGCUCUGCAGCCUCUCUGGUGGUUCUUGCUAAGGUGGUCCAUGCCCAGUCAGUGGUCUUAGAGUGGAAGUUGUAUUUCAGCAGAGGAGCUUCAUCUGUGGGUCAGAACCAGCACGACGCUGACCUCCCUUUACCUCGGUGGACCAGUGCUGUCGUGCACAUCGACAACCCUCAGAUCAGCUACACUGCCAAGGUCCCAGCUGAUGUUCAGGAGUACAAUCUGACGCACCUCCUUCCGGCCACAGAGUACAACAUCUGCCUAACUGUGUCCUCCCCCCCCACACCUCAUCCCACCUCCCUAUCCUCCUCUACCCUCCUCUCCGCUCCUGUCCACACCUCGUGCCUGAACGUCACCACCAAGGAGGCGGGUUUCUCUGUGGAGCUGGUGGCAUCACAGCACAGCAGCGUGGCGCUGGCUGCUGUCUUGGGCUCCAUGUUUGCCCUGUCCAUCAUGAUGCUGCUGGUGGUGUACAUGGGCCGUCGCGUGCAUCAGCACAAGUCCUGUGGCCAAUCACUGAAGAAGUACAUGCAGCACACAACAUCCAUCCCUAUGAACGAGCUGUACCCACCUCUAAUCACACUGUGGGAGAGUGAGGCUGAGAAGGACAAAGGUGACAAGGAGGAGGAAGAAGGCAGGGAGGAAGCAGAGUGGGGUGAGGGGGAGGCGGGGAGGAGUCAGAUCAACACAAACAAAACUUACAUAUGGUAGCGGGGAUGGAGGGGGGUGUUUGGGCUGUCAGACUCACUGCAGGGUGAAGAAAUACCCAACAACACCUGCAGGGGGGUUACUGUCAUAGGGUCUUAAAGGGUCAGCCGGCUGUUUUAGCCCAGUAAUUAUGGAUCCUGAUUGAUCCGUCACAUCCUGUGACCACACUGCACCAUCAUCACCUUUACAUUUAGCAGACCCAGUCCAACCUGCUGGUACCAUUAAUGUUACUGGUAAACUCAUGGCUUUAAUAGAAAAUGAGAAAAUCAAAUAUUCUGGGUUGAAACUUGGAGUAAACAGUUUCUCAACUUACACCUGAGCAGCUGCUCUUCCUCUAGACACUUUUAACAAACGCUUCUCAAAUCGGAGCUGUGGGACUGAUACCGUGACGUCAGUGGGAUUAAAUGGGACAACUUGUCCUGCAGUGCCUGAGGGGUCCAGAUGUCCUCACCUUUGUCUCCUCUCUGUGCAGCACUAUGUCGGGUACUGUUCUGGUAAAAUUCUCAUUAUUGUAAUUUACUUAAUAACAUGAAUGCAGCACUGACCUCCAGCGCUGUGGAAAAUGUUCCGAUUAUGUGAGGGCUUUAAAGGUUUCAUUGUCAGGUCAUGAAGCCCAUCACAGAUCAGCUGUUCCUGUGUGCGUUCACAAUCUGGAGACCGUUUAGUGUGCAGAGAACUUAUGGAUUUAAUUUGUGCAUGUCUUUAUUUAUCUUGUUCUAAUACUUUCUAUUUUUGAAUUAACAUUUUCUCUAAUUACUCUCAGCAGCAGACCCAGGAAUCACUCAGUUUCUUGUUAAAAGGCUGAAGCAUGAACCCUGUUGGUUCUGUAUGUGUUGUCUCACGCUGCUGUUUGCACAGAACCAGCAAAAAGGAACCAAAUGAAAAACUGAAUGCUGCACCCCGUCCAUCUGGACUUCCCUGUUUGAAACGGAUGCAAAAUCAAAAUGCUCCAAAUAUCUGCUGCAAACAGAUCCAUCUUAUCUGAGCUGCUGCAGUAAAACCAGCAACAGGAACAAAUAUUUAUCAGAAGAAACCAUUAAAUGAAUGUUUCUUCUGAGUGCUUCAUAUGUGAAAAUGUUCUGUUGAUCAUAAAUCACCUAUUUAACUAUAAAGUCUGGCAGAACCCGUCUCAGGUUUGAAAAUAAAGACUGAAGAAGAAGACGAAGUGGACACUAAUAUGUCGGCGGGCCUUCGUGGGAGCGCCCUCUAGUGUUAUGGAGUUAAAUUAGUCUCAAUAUUAUUCAAUCAAACAAAAAAAUAAUCUCAAUCAAAAAAUAUUAAGUUGUGAUCAAAACUUUCAAAGUUGUAACGAUUAUUUUUCUUUAAAUGGAAUAUUUUAUUUU